AUACCUUGACCCGGUCUUUAUUCUUAUAGAUGUGAAAUAAAACAUAUAAGAAGGAAAUGGGAAAUUGCUAAUUAACAUCAGAUUCCAGCACAUAAUGUGAUUGACCAGUGUAGCCUUCUGAAUCACCCACUCUGCCAAUGCAGAAGACAUCAAAUCCCCAAAUUCUCAACCUGAGCAGGAGGAAGGCAAACUCCAGUUCUCGCCAUUCUUUUGCAUCACGCUACAAUCAAUCGCCUGCUUACCACGCACGCUUGAACAAGCCUCAUGACGACAAGCAACAGAGUUUGAACUAUUUCAAAGCUGUGGCGAGGAAAGUAAAUAGCUUGGUUAGCACAAUUCUCUUUCUCAGACGAAGGCCGGCCGGCAAAGGAACUAGAACCGAGGGCGGCAGCAACAGAGAUGGUCACGUUAAAAAUUAUUCUUUUUCAAUAGAUGCUUCCACAGCAACCAAUAAUAAGAGUUCAACAAUAUUCAAAAGCUCUAGUUCCUAUGUUUCAUCCAGUAGCACAAGUACAGAGGUAGGGGAAAUAAAGUUCUCCAUAGAAGAGAUUUACAAGGCUACGGAAAACUUCUCCCCAGCAAACAAAAUAGGGCAAGGAAGAUUUGGAAAUGUCUAUAAGGGGAAACUCAAGGAUGGAUCUAUUGUUGCUAUAAAGCGUGCUAAGAAGACGUAUGACAGGCAUCUACUGGCAGAGUUUAAGAAUGAAAUCCAAACCCUAUCAAAGAUCGAGCACCUAAAUUUGGUAAAGUUUCUUGGGUAUCUGGAGCAAAAAGAUGAACAAAUUAUUGUGAUUGAAUAUGUUAGCAAUGGAACACUGCGGGAACAUCUGAAUGGUUCACGAGGAGAUUUGGGUAUUGCAGAACGGCUUGAGAUUGCAAUUGACGUAGCUCAUGCAAUUACCUAUCUGCACAUGUAUACAGAUCAGCCAAUCAUCCACAGAGACAUAAAAGCAGCAAACAUUCUCAUUACAGAGAAAUUCAGGGCUAAAGUUGCAGACUUUGGAUUUGCACGUUUAUCUGCAGAAGAUCCAGGAGUAACUCACAUUUCCACACGAGUCAAAGGUUCUGCAGGCUACUUGGAUCCUGAAUACCUCAAAACAUACCAAUUAACUGAAAAGAGCGAUGUAUACUCCUUUGGUGUAUUGCUUGUAGAACUAACGACAGGAAGGCACCCUAUAGAAAGGAAAAGAGGGCCAUCAGAGCGGAUUACAGUAAAAUGGGUAAUGCAGAAACUUAAGGAAGGAGAUGCAGUGCUGGUGAUGGAUCCGAGACUGAGGAGGAGUCCGGCCACAAACCAGGCAGUGGAGAAGGUUCUCAAAUUGGCCACGCAAUGCAUUGCGCCUUCGAGAGAGUCGAGACCAUCCAUGAAAAAAUGUGCCGAAGUCCUAUGGGAAAUCCGGAGGGAUUACAGAGAGGGUGGCGGCCUCUCUUCUUCUUCUUCCACUCCUCACCGUUAUUCGAAGCAACAUCUGGACAAGGACCCCAAGUUCUCAAUGAAAUCUUUUUAGGGUUUAAAGAUCGUGAUUCGUGAAAACGUUGAAGCUUCUUCUGAAAUCUGAACGAGAGAUAAAUCUUUUGUUUUUUUUUUUUAUUUUCUCUGUAAUCCAUUUUGUGAUUUUUCUUCUCUUUAUAGCGAGGUUGGCUGUAACAAUUUAGGAUGCUUGUGGUGUAAGUAAUGAACGGUUCGAUCUUAUAGUGGAGGAUUGUUAUUGGGAAAA